UUAGUUUGAAUAGUAGUUGUAGUACAAACAGAGCUAGAACCUGAAGGUUGUUUUUAUCACGUCAGUGAAGCACUUGAGCAAAAUAACGCAAACAAAACAGUACGAGCUGUUUGGCGUUUGUCUCCUCUUAUCAGCUGCUACAAAAGUGGUUAGUUCGCAUUUUACGCCUCGGCAGUUUCGCUGACAGACGCGGUCAUCAUUUUUCAGCUACCGAUAACCCGCUGUCCAUCAAGUUUUCGGUACUCGAAAGUUUCAUGCUGCGAGCGGCGAUGCCGGUCAAAUUUUGUGCAAAUCUGAACUUUAUGUUCACCGAAAGUGCCGAUUUUCUCCAGCGGUACCGUCUGGCAGCACAGGCCGGCUUUAGUGCCGUGGAGGGAGCUUUUCCACCGGCACAUGUAAGUAGUGCCGAGCUGGCCGCCGUUUGCAAGGAAACUGGACUGGAGCAGAUCUUGAUGAAUAUCGCAACAGGUAAUAGAGGUAAGGUUAGCAACGGUCAGUUUGGUUGUGCUGCCUUCCCAGGUCUGUCGGAAUACUUUAUGAAAAAUUUGGAACGCACAGUGGAGUGCGCUAAGGCCAUCAACUGCAAAAAGAUUCACAUAAUGGCAGGUAAAAUAUUAGGAGAGCCAACGGCAGAGAACGAUGCAGCCUAUCUAAGUAACCUGAAAAGUGCAGCCAACGUUCUGGAAAAAGCCAACAUUCUUGGAGUUAUCGAACCUAUUAACAAGUAUGCCGUCCCCGGAUACUAUCUGGCGUGUUAUGAGAAAGCGAUUCGCGUCUUGCGUGAAGUGAACAGCCCCAACCUGAAGCUGAUGUUCGACAUUUAUCAUGCCCAGCACAUCCGGGGUGACAUUACGAGUGCUAUUAAAUCUUACGGUCCCUACAUUGGCCACGUGCAGCUGGCCCAGGUUCCCAGCCGUAACGAACCGGACACCGAUGGUGAACUGAAUUUUCGCUAUGUGCUACGCGCACUAGAAGAUAACGGUUACAAUGACUGGGUAGGGUGCGAGUAUAAACCUAGAGCCGGCACCAUGCAAGGACUCGGAUGGCUCCGUGACUUUGGCUACUGGAGUUAAGAACUGACGACCCACGGUCGAUGCCAUUGCAUUGACUUUCAACUAAACUUUUCCAGCUCAUUAGUGGGGUGCAUUUUUUAUGAAUGUAAAUAAAAGUUAUGGUAAAUAUUUA